CCCACACCCACACCCACACCCACACCCCUCGAAUCAAAAACGUUUUAAGCGUUUGUUGGUGUUUGCAAGUGAUCGUCAGUUGGAUAUUCUUUUUCAAUGUGAUUGGUUAUUUAUUGAUGGUACUUUUAAAAUAGUACCUGCUUUAUUUGCACAAUUAGUUUGUAUCGUUGGAAUUUUUGAAGGUCAAGUUGUUACGCUUUGCUAUGCGUUGGUUGAUUCGAAGCAUACUGAUGUUUAUCGUGCUAUAAUUCGUUCGUUAAAAGAAGAAGCUAUUAAACGUGGAAAUGUUUUGAAUCCAAAUUAUGUUAUGACCGAUUUUGAGGUGGGCUUAAUUAAGGCCAUUAGUGCUGAAUUUCCAACUACUACACAUCAUGUUGGAUGUUUUUUCCACCACACACAAAGUGUAUAUCGAAUGAUCUCAACUCUUGGAUUAAAAACAACAUACGAAAAUGUUGAGAGUGUGCGUGAUCUAUGUCGCAAAUUGAUGGCAGUUGCUUUGUUGCCAAUCGAUGAUGUUGAAGAUGGUUAUCUAGAAGUUUUAAAUCAGUUGACAUUAGAAACAUUUUCUGAUACACAUGUUUUUAAUUUAAUGAAUGAUCUGAUGAAUUAUUACGAUCGAGAAUGGCUGAGAGUAAUUGGUAAAGAUAUGUAUUGUGUUUAUAAUCUUGAUUAUCGCACCAAUAAUAAUUGUGAGGGUAUGAAUAAUCGCAUCAGUCAUAAAUUAGUUGGAGCUCAUCCAAAUGUUUGGAAAGUUUUAGACAUGUUGGUAUCAGAAGAAUUUCAUACACAUCAAUAUGUUAAUCAAGUUAUUACGGGUAGAAAACGGCCAUCACGAGCUACAAAAGAACAAAAACGAUACCAAAAGCAAUUGGAUAAUUUAUAUGAUUUAUAUGGUAGAAAAGUUAUUGAUUUACCAACAAUGUUGAAUAAUUUAUUAUGUAAGGAUGCUUUAGAAUCGUUAAAGUUUUAUAAAGGACGAACAUAUCCAACUCUUCCAAAAAAUCUUGAUGGUAUAAUUAAACAAUGGGUUAAUACAGUUAACUGCUCCAUUGGGGGAAAAGUUUAUUACAAAAAAAUCAAUGAUGGUGGUACUCGUAAUUAUUUUGUAGAACAAAGUAAAGAAAAGAAAUUAGUACUCAAAGUAAUGAUCCAAUCAAUCGAAAAUAAAAAAUCAAAAAAAUCCGGUGUGUUUGAAGUGUUGACAUGCGAACAAGAAUUUUGUCAUAUAUUAAAUGACUUUGUCAAAUCUUUAAAAGAUACUGGUUGUUCAUUAGAAGCCGCAAGUUAUCACCGAGAAAUGUCAAAACGAUUUGAUGUGGGUCGUGAUCGGUUAUCUUUCGUAUUAAAAUGGUUAAAUCAGAACUUGUCAAUUAAUAGUAAUUUAAAUAGUACAAAUGAUACUAGUUCUGACUAUUGUCCAAGAGAAGAUUCAAAUUUUAAUGUUAGUCAUGAUGAGCACAUUAGUAAUGAUCAUGAUGACGACAAUGAUGAAAAUAACGAAGAUGACAGUAGUAGUGAGAGCAGCCACGAUAAUACCAAUCAUGAUGCAUCAAAAUCAACAUUAUCUGCAAGUUCAACGAUUACGUCAAUUGAAACUACACGGAAAAGAUCCAAUUCUCAUUUGACUAUUCGGUCACCACCACAACAAAAUAAAAAGUUAAAUAAAACAUUGGAAAACUUAUCGAUAUGGAAUAAUGAAGCUGCUGCGUAUAAAAUUAUGUCUCCAUUGAAUCGACGAGAAAGACGGCGUGGUCAAAAACAGAGUGUAUAA